AGUGUGCAUGAAUCAUUUGGCUGUAGGCAUCAUCCUACACUGGAUCAUGGUAUUAGUAUACUGCUGACCAUUAGAUUAUAAAGGGUGGUGUUUCUACGAUCCACCUAUUUUAAUCCAAUGGUCUUGGAUGGAUCGAGAGUGUCAGACACAGUCUCUACUAAAGUAGAGAAACGUAUCUCGCGCUCAUAGUGCUUCUUCCUAACCCUAUAAAACCCUCCCCAAGAUUUUAACCAUUCUUACAACCAAACCCUCUUUGAGUUUGUCAAACAUGAUGUCUUUACAAACAUCAGAAGGAGUGUUAUCCGAUUCAAAACAAUUGUCAAAGAAAAGAAAAUGGGAUGAUGUUCCAGCAGAUGGGAUCUCUGAGAAGCCAGAGAAAAUCAAGAGCAUGAAGCCUAUUUCCGACUACAACUCCCAGAAUCAGACACCAAGUCCUCUUGAGUGGCAACAGUAUCUCGAUAUAAAGUCAGGGCAAAUGUUCUUCUACAAUACAAAGACUAGUAAAAGGGCCUCAAACGAUCCAAAGUUGAGCAUACAUCCAUACAAUCCAGCUCCCAUGAGCUUGGAUCUGGAACUCAAUCCACCAUGCCAAUCUCAUCAAGUGGUAGACAGCAAUAGGAAGCAUGGUUUUAGUACAACCUCAAUCUAUCAUCAGAAAGAUCAUGUUAUGAUCUCUAGCGCUAUUACCAGAUCGCCCUCGUGGCUAACGUUUGAAGGGGACCAACAAGAGAUGGUAACUGCAGUGUGCAAAAAGUGUUACAUGUUGGUGAUGAUGUGCAAGUCUACCCCUGCAUGUCCUAACUGCAAAUUCAUGCACUCGUUGGAUCAAGAAGUCGAGGGAUGAUGUUAUAUACCUUGUACUUGCCUCAGCGCCUUCUCUUGAGGAUCUGAGAAAGAAAAAGGUUGUCAUAAAGAGAGGGAGAUGCUUCAUAAUGUGUAAUAAAACAGAGUAUGUAUAGUUAGUGGCAAAUUGUGAUAAUGAGUUAUAUGUAAAGGAGAAAUAGACUAGUAAUUUCUCAAUUUGCUUUGCAAUGGUGUGUAUGAAUGACUGGUUUUCUCCCCAUCUUGUCGGCCCUCGUUAUGUAUGAGCGAGUAAGAAGAUCGAAAUGAAACCGUCUGAUUCAAUUGUUGUCAGCGGCCAUGAAAUUGUGAUCAUCGAUCUUUUGUCAUCCAGGAGCCAAAGAUACAAAAAGAGCUUUGGUUUCUCUUACAAGGAAGCUCGUUAUGCGAGUUGCUUUCGUUUAUUA